UCCAUUUUAGUUUUAUGGAGUUGUCAUUGAGCUCGCAAGGGAUUCGAGUCCUUAACAGUCGCUCUUUAAACUAAUACAAAUAAAAGUGCAAGUGUGUGAAAAAUAACAGUUAAAUUCAAUUAAAUUCCGUAAAAGAAUUUAAAAAUAUUAAAUAGAGAUGCAUUUCCUUGCCGUUUUAGCUUGCAGCUUUUUGGCCCUCAGCGCCGCCAGCGAAUGGGGCUAUCCAGACCUGGACAACAACCAGGAUGAGCCGUUUCCCAAGUGGGGCGGUCUGUGUGACACUGGCAGAAAGCAGAGCCCCAUCAAUUUGCAUGUGAAGGGCGCACUGAAAGGCGAGUUCACUCCACUCAAGUUUGAGAAUUACGACGAGCAUCAAGGCGCACUGCAAAUGGUCAACAAUGGACACUCAAUUCAACUCUCUGGCUUCGCUCACGAUCUGACGCUGAGCGGCGGCGGCCUGGCCAACGACUUUGUUGUGGAGCAAAUCCAUAUGCAUUGGUGGUCGGAGCAUACUAUAAACGACAUACGCUAUCCACUGGAGGUGCACAUUGUGCACCGCAACAAGAUCUAUCCCAACAUCACUAUGGCAGCCAACUUCAAGGAUGGCAUCACGGUGAUCGGCGUGCUCUAUCAUGUGUCCAAUACGCCCAAUGAUGCCAUCGGCAGCAUCAUCAAGAGCCUGGACAAUGUGAAGAGCUAUGCACAAAUGAAUGUGCCCACCCAUGUGGCGGAUAGCCUGGCCGUGGACGAUCUGGUGCCCAGUGUGGACACAUAUUUCACAUACGCUGGCUCCCUGACCACGCCCACCUGCGCAGAGGCCGUCACCUGGAUAGUGCUGACGAACACGUUCCCAGUGACACUCGAUCAGGUGAAUCAGUUCAAGGAGAUUGAAUACAAACAAGACAAACAGCUCCACAACAACUAUCGCGAGCUGCAGAGCGAGAAUAAUCGCGCCCUGGUCCUAGUGCAGCAGCAGCAGCAGCAGCGGGACUCAGCCGGUAGGCUAUCCGCUCAAGGCUUAGGUCUAAUAGUGCUGCUGGGUGUGGCAGUGCGCCAACUGCAGCUGUAAUCUGUGCAAACAUGAGACAGCUAGAUAGAUACCAAAGACCCAAAUCCAAACCAGAGAGCAACGACAUACCAGACACAACUUAUACUCAUUAUUUGAAAGCAGGAUUCAAAUAAAUUCAUAUGAAAUUUCAACUAGUCAAUUGAUGUGACAUUCAAAGCAUGUGCCUUAAAUUUAAACUACAUUUAACUAUAUAAUAAAGAAAACUUUUAUAAGCA